AUGAGCGCUAUUGGAAUCAAACUAGGUACCCUCUUGAUCCGUCAAGUUACAAGGCCUGUUGCUAAUAUUCUGAAGGCACAAGCGAAACAACAUGAAAGUUUCAAGCGUCUCUGUAUAGGGCUGGCCCAGCGAAUGCAUCGAGCAGACGCUCGUCUAAGGUCGAGACUGACGCCUAGCAAGUAUGAGGUGAAGAUUCGACCACUAAAUGACACCAAGGCAGUUGAGAAUGGAGCCACUCUUCUCAGUGAAGUGUUUGUUUUCGGUGUUACUGGUAGCGUUGUGGUGUGGGAGACAAUACGACAGAGAGCUAAAGAAAUAAACCGGCGUGAGCAAGUAACAGAUGAUAUUUCUUACUUGCAAAGCGAAAUUGAGGAACUGAGAUCGGCUCUGGACCGUCAAAAUGUACAGAUUUCCGAGUUGAGGGCUCAAGUUCAGGAGAUUCCACCCAAGAAAGAAGCUUGUAAAUAG